AUGAAUCAGCAAUCGAUGAGGGCGAAGAGAACUAGAAAUACAAGAAAUGUAGGGGCGAGUGUGCCUGGCGGCGGUGCGAACACGGAUGGCGAAGACUGGAAAGAAUAUGUUUCCGAAGACGUAAUAACCCAACUAAACAAGUAUCAGCUGCCGUAUCCUGGAAUAUUACAUGAAAAGAUCGCGGAUUUGGCCAAUCGCUGGCAUUUUCAAUAUGUGAUGGCCUGGCUUUCCAACGUCUGUGAAUCAUUUACUACAACUAUAUUUAAUGCUGAUCAGUAUGGCGGUAGCUCAACCAAAUGCUUGUGGAAAAACAUCAAGUUCGAUGAAGGUAUAUUUGUAACAGACGUAUUUUCGAAGAUAGAUGGGAAGGACUCGAACUAUUACAACGAUGAAAUUGACGUAGAUGGAGAUUCGCAAAAUUUGUACGAUAAGAUUAGAUUGCAAUUAUUGCAUCAAUUAGCGGGAAAUAAGAGCGGCCAAUUGAAGGAUUGGAAUGUUAUAGUCAAUCAUCAUUUCCAAAAUUCGAACACGUAUUCAGAUUUGGUUACGGACUCCCCUUUUCUGGAGCUUGAUAUUGCGCGUCAAUUCGACAUCAUUUACAGUAUCAUAAAAUUAAUCGAAAUGAAAAAUAUGAUCUUCAAGAAUUACUUAGCGAAUAAUUUGCAUCUAUUCAUGUUUAGCGAAAUUAUACUGGAUGAUGAUAAUAAUGGAGGGGAGGAAAUGAAGAGUUUGUUUUCCUUACCCAAUAUUGGUGUGCUUGUAAAGAAAACUAUUCACAGAGUAAAAGAAGAUUCUUCUUCCCAGAUCUCUCAGACUCUGAAUAUCCCAAUAAAGCUGCAAAACUGUACUAUAAAAGAAAGCGAUCCGAACAUUCCUGAUUCGGUGGAGCUAAUUCAUCUCGAGUAUUCUCACGAUAUCGAUGCAUACCUUCAGUCGAUUACAAUUGAUUAUGAGGUGAUUACAAGUGAUUGGGAUUCCAUGCUAGAAUACUGGUCACAGAACAGUAGUUCAAAGGUCAUAGAUGAGUUUAUAACUAGCUUGAUACCGAUAUAUGCAGAACAUAGACUAUAUUCGGCAAAAAUCUUGACUAACAGAGAAAAGGAGAGAGCGAUUGCCGAGCUAAUGACAAGAAGGAAAAGAUCCUCCAGGUUAGUAGCGAAAGAAGAAGAAAAUAAGAAAAAGGAUUUGGAAAGUGAAUGGUUUGAAAAACUGGAUGAAAGAGAACAAUUUAUAAGACACAGAAACAAGCUAGUCUCGAAGGAAAUCAAAAAGAUAAAAGAUCUCCUAUGGAACCAAUUAUGGCAGUUAUACGACCAGGAUUAUAGAGAUGAGAAAUUGACCAGACGUAAUGAGUUCAAAGAUAGAAGUGGUUCCGGUACUCCGUUUUUUGAAGCCUCUUCGAAUAAGGAAGAAGACAGCCCCUUGAAUGAAAUCGAUAACGGAGUUCUUGACCAUGGGCCCAACUUUCAAUCCAGUAUAGUCCCCGUGGAAUCACCAACUCCUGGAACUGUCGGGCCGCUAGAAACGGCCGACGUCCCUGAAUUGCCCACUGACUUCUGCAUUACAAAGAAAGAGUUAGACGAGCUUGCCAACUACGGGAUCUUCACCCCGCAGCAAGAGCCGGACUCCCAAGAUUCUGUUUUCCAAUGUCCGGGCGAACCAGAGCUAGCACCCAUGGUCAUCACGGAGGACACAGAGACUGACUUAUUUAAUAAUCGUCCGUUGAUAUGCUGCGAUAAUUGUUAUAGAUGGCAGCAUUGGGAAUGCCAACCUCCAAAAAUCAUAGAGCUUAUAUCUCUGACCACAAAGUCUCCACAACACGCACUGUCGCAGCGCGAUUUUGGCGUCAUCAUAAUGGGAAAUUCACACGGCAACAGGAGAUCUUCUCGCAGACCUCAAUCCACACCUGAACCCGGCACCAAAUCCUCAAGACCCACCGAUAAGCGGAAACCCUUGGCCGAAUGCGCCACUUUCAUCUGUGCUUGGUGCAUCAAGGACUUGGAACUUGAACUGCGCAACAUCUUCGUACCUGAAUUAAAAAUAAUCAGGGCCAAACAAAGAAAACAGCAGGAAGACCGUGAAAGAAGGAAGAAAAUGAAGGAAGAAAAGAAAAGACUCGAAGAGAUUGCAAAGAAAAGGGAACUAACCCAGUCUGUGUCACCUCCAGUCUUUAAUAAUGCAUUUGCGAAUAUGACAAGUAGUGCGGCGCCCGGUAUCACCGCUUACGGAAAAACAAACCCAAUCUUCAAUCCAGGACUUGAUUUGGGUACUAUUCACCCUGUAAUAACACACUCGCAGCAAAUUGGUAGCAAAACUGUGCCACAACCUUCACAAGCCCCCAAAGCUCCACAAGCACAGAUCCAACUACAGCCACAUCUGCAACCGCAACCGCAACCGCAGCAUCCUAAGGAACAGAACUUUCAUUUCCAAUACCCGCCAACCAACUAG